GGUGAGAACUCGGAUUUCGAACCCCACCUCCGGCCGAAUUAACCUCCUUCCCUCUGCGCACCCCGAGCUGUUUGUUUCCAAGGAACUGUGCUUGGGAAGCUGUUCGGCCAGGCCGCCUCUAGCUGCGUUGAAGCCUUUGUUAAAGAGAGCGAGUGUAGACGGCCCCUGCAGUUCCCGGGCCCGCCGUCAGCGUAGUUGUCAAUCUGUGGGAUGCGGGAAGCCUUUCACGGGAGGUAGCCAGAGCCGAGAGUGGUGAAUUCGUACGAGAGGCUGUCUCUGAAACCUGAGCGGCUCACGCUCGUCUUUCCCUCCUUUACCCCGUGAUCUCGCCAUUCCAGGAUUGAAAUCAUGGCAGGUGCAGAAAGUGAUGCCCAGUUCCAGUUCACUGGCAUUAAAAAAUACUUCAACUCUUACACUCUCACAGGUAGAAUGAAUUGUGUGCUGGCCACAUAUGGAGGAAUUGCUUUGCUGGUCUUAUACUUCAAGUUAAGGUCUAAAAAAACCCCAGCUGUGAAAGCAACAUAAAGGGUGAGGAGCUGCUAUUUAAAGUUAAUAACUUA